AUGUCUAAUUCACUGGACGAUCACCAGCGUAACCGCAUAUUUGUCACGACGCCUCUUGCCCGUCGCGGCAUCCCGGUGACGCUGAGCACCAUCCCCUAUGACGGAGAGCAGUGUCCGCGCCUGAAGCCCUACCCCAGCCUGGAAAUCCACCAUACCACCGAGGACUCCAUCACGGACUGCAACACCCAGCUGGUGGACGUCAUCAAAACGACGAAAACAUGGGCUGAUGAUGAUACGCUAUACGCCCUCGACAACGGUGCUUUGGACCUGACAACGAGUCCCAAAAAUGUGUGUCCACCAAAAAUUGUCAUCGUCGACCUGAGGACUGAUGAGGUCAUCAACUCCAUAGUCAUCCAGAACACAGCCUGCAACGCAUUGUACACCUAUUUGUGGGUGGACGCGUGCCCAGAUGGUUGCCUGACGGCCUACAGCUCUGACACCAGAGGCAACGUACUGUCGGUGACGGACCUCUCCACUGGAGCCUCCAAACACCUGCAGAGCCAGUACUUCCACCCCAAGCCCGGCUUCUUCUUCCCGAAGGCGGGAGGUCCAGCCUACUACAUGCCGGACGGCAUCAAUGGAGCGACGGCCGAUGAGAGCUGCGAUGGGAAACUCUACUUCCAGGCGUUCGCCAGCAACAUCCAGGGCGUUGUCGACAAGCAGGUCAUCCGAGAUGCAUGCGACGGGGAUAUUUUGGACAUCAAGACGCAGGUUGAUCUGCCAGGAGAAAUAUCUGGGCCGAGCGGAGUAAUAGCGGUGGAUCCGAAGGGACAGUUGCUAUUCUUCCCUGUGCUAGAUGAACUGGCCAUCUACUGUUGGAAUACGAGCAAGCCUCACGACCAAAAGAACUUCCGCCUGAUAAUUAAAGACGAUGAAAAUCUACAGUUCGUCAGCAGCAUCAACAUAGACCAUGAAAAACAAGGACUAUAUAUAAUGAGCGAUCGAUUAACAUCCUAUCUAUCAAAUACCACCAACUGCUCUGAUGACAACUUCCAGAUUUUGUAUAUUGACAUCAAGAAUAUAGAAUGUUAGUUCUAUGUGUAACAGAUUUUGUUUUGUGAUUUCGAAGGAACUUGGUGCCUCGGCAAGAUCCAUCGUAUGUAAUUACCACUGUAUGAUAUAUUGAGAAGAAUGAAAUACAGACACUGCAAAAACUUAA